AUGUCACACAGUAAACGAAACACCUCUCGUGCCGUCUUUACUUCGCACGAGCGAGCUCUCGCCAAGGCCAAUUGGUCCUCCAGUUCCGCUCGCCUGAAUCGCGAUUCCUUUCUCCCCUUCGGAUCUUGUGGCCUUUGCUUAGAGGUUGCUCGUGACCCAGUUGCCUGCCGACUAGGUGACAUUUUUUGCCGCGAGUGCGCCUUGGCCAAUCUAUUGGCACAGAAGAAGGAGCUCAAGAGGGCCGAGAAAGCCCGUCGUGAGGCCCAGCACGAGGCGCUUCGUGCAAAGGCCGCCGACGAUGAUGAGGAUCAGAAAAGGGCCGUCCUUAAUUUUGAGCUGACCCAGGCUGGACUGACUGGCUCGAACAAGGGAGGCAUUCUUUCGAAUCAAGACAUCUCGUGGGAUCACGAAGCACAAUCCUCCCGUGCCGGUGCCAAGCGCAAGUUCACCCUUGAUGAAGAUGAGUUGAUUCGCAUAGCCAAAGAAGACAAGGCAAAAGCUAGGAAAGCUAUUGAAGAUGAACGGGCCGUCAAACCAUCACUUCCUUCAUUCUGGACACCGUCCCUCACGCCAGACGUCCAAGAUAGUAAGCUCCCUGCAGAAAACAAGGCAACCAGGACCACACCAACAUGUCCUGCAUCCACGGAAGACAAUCCCCACGCCAUCUCAAUGCAAAAGCUAGUCACUAUCCAGUUUCAAGAAGGCAGAGAUCAGUCCACAAAGGGCGGUCCAUGGACAUGCCCCUCAUGUCUCAAAACGCUAUCCAACUCCUCAAGCCCAGUCAUGGCUCAGCAAUGUGGCCAUGUUUUGUGCCUAAGCUGCGUCAAGAAGUUUCUAAUACCCGCAAGCAAGGAAGUUUCCGCACAAGAAGUACGGCUCAUGUGCUAUGUAUGUGAGACCCCUAUAGUCGGCAAGUCUGCAAAGCAUGAGCCAUCAACGGGCAAAUUGCCAGCUGGCUUGGUCUUGUUGAAGUCGGAGGGCACAGGGUUUUCCGCUCGAGGCUCCAACACCGUGGAGCGAUCUGGCGUUGCAUUUCAGUGUUGA